AUUUCCCAAUAUAAUUUUACUCAAAAUCGUCGUAAAAUUUUUGCAAUGAAGAAAUCUGAGAAAAAAGAAUGUAAGAGUGAAACGACCGAAAAGACUGAAAGGACAACAGAUGGCAGCAGUAUUUCAAACUCAGUUAUGAUCAAUUUUCCGGACGACUCAAUGUAUCAAAAUGUAGAAAAAACUAAAAGCGUUGGAAGAGUAACUAAUGAAAUGAUUGACAAUUAUUUAUUGAGAUACCAAUUUUUCCAUGGUUUUGUGCUCCAAGAGCUACAACUGAUCUUGUUGAAGACGAACGGAGACUUUCUCCUGAGAUUGUCGCAUCAACCAGAGAAGAAUGCGAAGAAGCCGACGACUCCGGACAAAAGUGCCACUGAUCCGAUUCCACUGACUCGUGUCAUUCUUGUUCUGUCCGUCAAUAUCACACAAAAAACCGGCACCACACGAAGUUUCUAUGGGGAUCUGGAGGAUGUGAAGAAAGAGAACAUGGAUAUGCAUUUGUUUAUUGAAGAAACCGCCGGCAAAUGGACCUCGUUUUAUAUUGAGCGGCGAUUCAAGUUUCCGACUAUUGAUGAGCUUAUCAACUACUAUAAGGUCAACCCGAUUUGCUAUCACAAUACACGUGUAUUCUUGAAACGCCCUAUCGUGCUACAAGACUGGGAGCUCCGGGCAGAAGGAAUUGAUAUGACUCCAAAGAAGUUGGGAGAAGGUGCCUUUGGAAUAGUCUACUUGGGACGAUGGGCACAACCGUUUAGUGUGGAUCAGAAGGAGUUUCAUAAGUGGUGUGACGUGGCAGUCAAGACGGUGAAAAACGACGAUUCGAGGGCGGCUCUUUUGGAAGUGAUGCACGAAGCAAGGUUGCAGCUACAGUUGAGACAUAAGAAUGUUCUCGCAUUCCGCGGAGUUUUCCUCCUCAAGAAGCCGAUUAUGUUGGUCUCCGAGUUUUGUGAAAACUAUCUGCAAAAGAGCAAAGUGAGCGUGGAUGAGAAGCUCCGGUUUUGCCUUGGCUCGUCGUGUGGGCUCGAGUACAUUCACUUCAAAGGGCUCAUUCACCGUGACUUGGCGACUCGGAACAUUUUGGUUUCAGCGGAUAAGACGCCAAAGAUUGCCGAUUUCGGUUUGGCAAAGCACGCGAGCUCCUACAAAAUGCGAAAAGCCACGAAGAUCCCUGUCAGGUACCUUGCUCCAGAGACGUUGAGCUCAUUCGUCUAUUCCACCAAAACCGAUGUCUACACGUUUGGUCUUGUCAUCUGGGAAAUAUUUGCAAACGGACAGGAGCCAUAUAUGAAAGCUCAACCACACCAAGAAUGUGUUGCUCCAAAAAAUACGCAACUCAGAGGACGUCAUAUUAAGGAGCUGAUCAGGAAGGAGCUGUUCGUGAAAUUCAACCAAGAGGCACCAGUUGCUCUUCAACAAUAUGUGGCUGCAAAGCUGUUCGUAGUUGAUGAUAAGAAAAGACCCGAUAUGCCCGAGGUAUCAACGUUCCUGGGCGACAUGUUGAAGGUGGACUUGACAAAGAUGAGAUACUCGUACAAGAUGUAGUUACAAAAAUUGAUCUACUUGGUGUUUUAAGUUUUAAAUAAAUU